GUGAUGGCAUGAUUAUACCUGGAUGAGGCUGGUAAGAGGUGUGUUCUGCUGAACUGCAUAAAAUAUAAUGAAUAUAACUGCAACCUUUACCCCCCAAGCAGGAGAAUGUCAGACGCAAACACAGUCCAGAGAUGUCUCGACAUGGACAUGUAGAUGGCGAGGAAUCGGAUGGGCGAUUCCGAGAGCUUCAAGAACAGCGGAUGAUGGUGCAGAAGAAGACUUACACUAAAUGGAUGAAUAGUGUUUUCUCAAAGAACGGGGAAAAGGUUGAGUUGACUGAUGUAUAUACUGAGCUCAAAACUGGUGUGCAUCUCGUGCGACUUUUGGAACUCAUCUCUAAGAUUAAAUUGCCCACUCCCAGUCGACGCACCCUACGAGUUCACUGUCUGGAAAACAACAGCAUUGCCAUCAACUUUCUUAAAACCAAGGUCCGGGUAGAUCUGAUUGGUCCAGAAAAUAUUGUUGAUGGAGACAAAACCCUGAUCCUGGGCCUCAUUUGGAUCAUCAUUCUCCGAUUUCAGAUUGGAUCGAUUGUUGAGGUUGACGGAGGUCCCACUGGUGCUCAGCGCUCUGCAAAAGAAGCUCUACUGAUCUGGUGUCAGCGUAAGACUGCUGGUUACACCAAUGUAAAUGUGCAAGACUUCUCCGGCAGCUGGAGAGAUGGACUGGCAUUUAACGCACUAAUUCAUGCUCAUCGGCCUGAUCUGUUCGACUACAACCGAUUACGCCAGGAUGAUGCAAAAAGGAAUCUGACCCAUGCUUUCAGUCUGGCAGAGGAUGAAUUUGGUAUAAUGCAGCUCCUGGAUGUGGAAGAUAUAAUGGUGCCCCAUCCUGAUGAGAAAUCCAUCAUGACUUAUGUCUCGCUGUACUACCACUACUUCUCCAAAAUGAAGCAGGGCCAAACCAUCCAGAAGCGAAUAGCCAAGAUUGUAGACCUUCUGAAAGAGCUGGAUGAAAUGAAGGACCAGUAUGAGAGCAUGGUGUCUGACUUGCUACACUGGAUCAAGACCAAGGUGGUGGAGCUGAACAACCGCUCUUUCCCCAACUCCCUGCAAGACAUGCAGCGUCUAGUGGCCGCCUUCAAGACGUACCGCACUGUAGAGAAGCCUCCCAAGUACCAGCAAAGGGGAGCCAUUGAGGCCCACCUCUUCAACUUGCGAACAAAGCUGAGGGGGAACAACCAGUGGGACUAUAUUCCUCCGGAAGGUAAGGCGGUAGGGGACAUCGAAAGGAACUGGACGUUGCUGGAGCGAGCGGAACAUCAGCGAGAGCGGGACUUGCAGAGUGAGCUAUUGAGGCUGGAGCACCUGGAGCAGCUCGCCCAGAAGUUUGGCCGUAAAGCUACACUGAGAGAGAGCUAUCUCAAAGACACUUUGGACCUCAUCCAGCAGCAAAAAGUGGGAGGGUUGCAGAGUAUAGAGGAGGCUGAGACAGCAGCUCGCAGACUAGAGGCACUCUGGGCGGAUGUGUUGGCUCACGAGCCACGUUUUAAUGCUUUAAGUGAAAUGGCUGCUGUCAUUGAGAGGGAGAACUACUACAGCAAGGCGCAAGUGAUUCGGAGGCAGACAGAAAUCAUUAAGCAAUGGAAAGCUUUGCUUCAGCAGCUGCAACAGCAGAAAGAGCUUCUGGGAGAUGUCGUGAAUACCCUUGCAGUCCUCAGAGACGUUGAGCUAAUUUCUCUGGACCUCAAGGAAUUAAAGGCCCAGAUAGAUUCCUCUGAUAUAGGCAAACAACUGCCAGAUGUGGUUGCUCUACUGCAAAAGCAGGACCUGCUAGACACCCAGAUCAUUUCACUUGGGGAAGCCCUAAACACGAUUAACAAUGGUGUCCUAAAGGGUAAACAUAAAGAUGGCUCAAAAGUCCAAAGAGAAGUUAAAGACAUCAAUGCCCAGUACAACUCCCUACUGGCUCUCAGCAAAAACAGGAGGAGAAUCCUUGAAGGCCAGCUAAAGCUGUAUGAGUUUUUCCAUGACUGUGAAGAAGUCGAAGCAUGGGUAUAUGAAAAAUGGUUUCUCCUGCAGGCAGCAUCACUGGGCAGAGACCUCAGUCAAAUUCAGCAAGCUAUUCAGAAACACAAGGCUUUGGAUGCAGAAAUACAGUCACAGGAAUCUCUGUGCUCCAGGGUUCUGUCCAAAGGCCAAGAGCUAUGCCGGGUGAGGCACCCCAAUGAGCAAGACAUCCAAAAGUGGACUCGGACUCUUCAGAAACAAUGGCAGCAACUUAAGGACCAAGUUAUCAUUCGAAAGAACCGACUAGAUGCAGCCAAUAUCAUCAAACAGUAUUUUGCUGAUGUUACCGAAGCCAGUUCAUGGCUUGCAGACCGCAAGCCACUUCUCAUUGACGAGGACUAUGGAAAGGAUGAGGCCAGCACUAGUGCUCUGCUCCAGCGUCACCAGAGACUGGAGAAGGAAAUGGAAACCUACGCUUCAGAAGUGAACCGACUGGGAGAGCAGGCCAAGGGUGCUGCCCAACUUGCUCCUCUUAGUACUGAAGUGCAGCAGAGCAAAAUGGUACAGUACAGUGAUUCAUCUGAUGGUGAAGAUGAGACAAAGAAAAGAGCCAACAAAGAGGGCAAAGUCAUUACCAAAGCUUUACCCCAAGAACAAGCAACGAUAAGGUUUAAAUACAGAGGUGAUAAAUUAACCUGGGAUCGGGGAGAAAUAUUGACGAUUGUCAGAAGAGAAAUGGGUGAUAAAAUGCUUCUUAAAGAUAGUAAAGGAAAUGAACAACUGGUAUCUUCCACAUACAUCAGAGAGUUGCCAUCUUCUGAAGCACCACCUGUAACCACAAACGGAGCACCUGAAAGCCCAAGAAGGAAAGUGAAUCGUCCUCGCCGCACUCGUUGCAUGCGCCGUGGCACGGCUGAAAUCUCUACCUCAUCACUGCCUGACCCACACUUCCAAAAAGAAACAAUAGAAAGCACACAGAAUAGUCUAGAACAGGACUUCAACAGCCUUUAUCAUUUAGCCCAGUCAAAACACAAGAUCCUGGAUGAGACUGCACGACUACACAAGUUCUACAAUGCCUGUGAGGAAUUUGAGUCUUGGAUGGGGGACAAGGAAAAUGUCCUCAACACUUUCAGCUCCAACUCUGAUAACUUGGAAGUUGUGCAAGCCAAAUAUGAGAACUUUCUUACCGAGCUGGCCAGUGGUAAAAAACAGCUUGAUGACAUCACCAAGCUUGGAGAGGAGCUUGUGAGAAAACAGCACAGCAAGAAGAAAGAGAUUCAGCUCAGACUUGGGAUCAUAACACGCAGGUGGGAACACAUUCAGAAAUUGAAGGAUGAGAGAGCUGAUGAGCUCCUUAGCUCUGCUGAUGUGAAGUCCUUUCUGCAGACCUGCCAGGACGUCCAUGCUCAGCUCCAGGACAGGCUUGCUCAACUUGACACACCUGAUGUGGGCAGCUCAUCAUCUGCUCUGCAAGCAGAGGAACACAGACAAGCCCAAGCUGAGAGGGACAUAGAAGCCCUUGAAAGGAAAAUAAAGUACCUUAAAAGUGUGGCCAAAAUGAAACAGGACUGCAGUCCUGCAGAAAGUGCCGCGAUAAUGAAAGAAGUGCACGCUCUGGAAGAACUCUUGCGGCAGGUGAAGGCCCAAGCCACUCAGAGACAACAGAUGUUGGAGGAAGCGCGGCGUCUCCAGCUUUUUCAGAAGGAGACCAGAGACCUGUUUUUGUGGGCACAGGCUACACAGGAACAUCUUCUGGAAGAUGAGAGCGGGUCUGAUGUUGCAUCUGCUCAAGCCUUGCUGAAAGAAAACCAGGAUCUGAAGCUGGAGAUUGAAUUGCAGAGGGAAAAAUUGAAAGAUAUGGAGAAGCUGGGUAAGUCUCUGAAGACAGCAUCUGGGGAGAAAGGAGCUAAAGAUGUUCAGCAGACGCUCACAAAGCUGAAUCUUGAGUGGCAUCAGUUGGAUAAACUGUGGUCUAGUCGUAACAGGAGACUUGAGCAAGAACUGGAGUUCCAAAAGCUGAAUAGGGAAGCAGAUAGAAUAGAAGCUAAAAUUUCUGGUCAUGAAGCCAGGCUGAAAGUCAAAGACUUGGGGGAUUCUGUGGACAGUGUUCACAGUUUACUGGGUCGACAAGAAGAGCUUGAGGCUUUGCUUGCGGCUCUAGAGCGAUCCAUCAGCUUCUUUCAAGACAAGAGUCAGGAACUCAUUGGAAAGAAUAACUUUGCCACCAAAGAGAUUCAGCAACGAUUAAAGGUCAUUCAAGGUGGAUUUAGGAGGCUAAAAGAAAGUUGUAAAUUAAGGCGACUCGAGUUAUUUGCUUCCAAAAAGUACCAGGAAUAUUUGCGAGACGCUGAUGAGAUGCUCCUGUGGAUGGAGGAGAAGUUUGAGAUUGCAGAGGAUGAAUCAUACAGAGAUCCGACCAACAUCCUCCGCAAGCUCAAAAAACAUGAAGCAGCAGAAAAAGAGAUGCAGGCCAAUAAAGUCCGCAUAGACAAACUGCUCGAGACUGGAGAGGAAAUGAUAGCGGAGAAUCACUACAACAGCCAGAGCAUCCAGAGAAAGACUCAAGAUGUACGCAAAAGGUGGACUGAACUUCAGAAGAAGAUGGCAGAAAGAGGGGACAAGCUACGUCAGGCUGGGCAGCAGGAACAACUCAUGGAGUUGCUUCAGGAUGCAAAAUUAAAGAUUGAGGCAAUUGAGAGAAUGUUGCAGAAUGCCAUCAGGGGUCAUGAUCUCCGCUCAAGCCGACAACUUCUGAAAGAACACAAGCAACUGGAAGAGGACGCACAAGAGCUCGCUGAAAAAAUCAACUCCAUUGUGACCCGUGCUAAACGCCUGGCCACAAACCAUUUUGAUUCUCAGCGCAUUCACAGAGAGACCGACACUUACCUGAAACUAUUCAAGUCUCUGCAAAAACCUCUGGAUCGUCGCAGAAGCCAGUUAGAGGCAGAUGUGGCGUUGUAUAGCUUUUAUCAUGAUGUGGACUUGGAACUAAAUUGGAUAUCAGAACAUCACGCUGUAGCUGAUACUCGAAACUAUGAAAGAUCUCUGGCUGGGGCAGUUAGCCUGCUUCAAAAACAAAAGGACCUGCAAGCACAGGUGAAUGCCCACAGUCAACAUCUGCAAUGUGUACUGGACAGAGGACGAGCCAUGGCCCGGUCCAAUGAGUGGAAUGGUCAGGAGGUGAAGCAGAGGUGUGAGCGACUUAAGUCGGAGUGGGAGGAGCUAGAGGAGUCAUGUGAGAAACGUUUAGCCGAACUUAACAAGGCAGUUACGCGAGAGCAGAUUUUACUCGACUGCACUGAGUUGGAGACCCUACUGUCAGAAUCAUCUGCUUUGGUCAGCACCGACUACGGCAAAACUGAAUUAGCCACUCAAAGUCUGAUAAAGCAGCACCAGGCGGUGGAGGGGCAGAUUGAGGUAAUCGCUGCCCAGGUAGACGAUCUCAACUCCAACGUAAAGCAGGCUGUACGUGUGUGGGGUUUAGAGGAGUUAAAUAGGCCCUUCAACCAUGUUAAAUCCAAGCUAAGUGAGAUUCAACACUCAGCAACAGUCAGAGAGCAAAGGCUUCAAGAGAUGCUACACCUGCAUGAAUUUAAACGCGAGUCUACGGAUUUGGAGGAAUGGAUUGCUCAGCAGACACAGACGGUCUCCUCGAAUGACCUUGGGAGUGAUUAUGAUCAAGUUCUGCAACUGCGCAUGAAAUUUGAGGUGUUUCUGAAGCAGCUAGAGGGGGGUCUGAAAAGGAUGCACAUCUGUGAAGAGCUGGCUGACAGACUCGUCCAAAGUAAUCACCCUGAGAGCCGCUUUAUUCAAGAAACACAGAAUCUACUCAGAGAGUCAUGGGAAAAGCUGGAGAAUUUAUCCAAAGAUCGAAAAGAGAUGCUCAGAAAAUCGGAGACAUGUCACAAAUUCGGUAAAGAUCUCUCUGAGGCAUUGGGACAAAUAAAGGAGAGGUAUAAAAGCAUUCCUGAUGAUAUAGCCAAAGACCUGAAGGGGGUGCUGUUGCAGAUACGGAAACAUGAAGCUCUUGUACAUGAACUGGCUGGAACAGAGCAACAGCUUCAGGAUCUGUUGGACGGAGCUGAUGACAUUCUGGACAUGUGCUCUCCUGAGCUGCGAGUGGGGUUGCAGGAGCAGCAGCAGGAGGUGGUUGAGAGCUGGGACAGCCUUCGUAUGCACAUGGAACUCAGAGAGGAGGAGCUGCGGUUGGCUAAAGACAGAUACAUGUUCCUCAACACGGCACAGGAUUAUUACCUUUGGUGCUCUCAGGUGUUGAGUGGGAUGAAGGCCGAAGAGUCCAUUCGAGAUGUUGCCACCUGUGAUCUGCAGUUGUUCCAGCACCAGCAGCUGUGGGCUGAGAUAGUUGCACGUGAGGAGACGUACGCUCAGGCUGUGGUCAUGGGACAGGGCCUGCUGGAGCAAGACAAACGUAACGCUAAGGAGAUCCAGGAGAAAUUGAUGGCUUUGCAAGAAGAAAGACAGAAACUGACUGAUAACUGGCAGUCCAAGCAGAAGUGGCUGGAGAACACUUACCUGGAGCAGGUGUUUUAUAGAGACACUGAACACAUGGAAAAGAUCGCUAACUCACAAGAGAUCCAUUUGAAGAACAGUGACUUGGGAACAACAGUGGAUGAUGUAGAAACUUUGAUCAAACGCCAUGAAGCCUUCGAAAAACUUCUUAACUCUCAGGAAGACAAGAUGGUGGCUCUUCAGGAGUCAGCAGAGCAUUUAAGGACAGAAGGUUUGAAGCUCGAAAAAAGCAGCAACAUUAAGAACAAACUGAAAGCUCUCCAGGAGAGAAGAAUGCGGAUCAAGGAUCUUUCAGCCCAACGCAGGGAGGAUCUUGAAAUCUCUAGGCUCCUCUGCAUCUUCAACCGAGAUGCAUCUGAGGCAGAGGAAUGGAUCACAGAUCGUAUGAAUAAGACAGAAGAUGACUCAAAGAUGGACUUGAGCAACCUUCAGACCAAAAUGAAGAUAUUGCAGAAGCAUCAGGUGUUCGAGGCAGAGAUUUUGGCCCAUGGAAAGAUCAUUGAAUCGGUUCAGCAGGCUGGAAAUGAGCUAGUGAACAUGCGGCAUCCAAAAUCGAAGGCUGUACGGCAGACCGUUUCUGAUCUGAUCUCGCACUGGGAGGCUUUGAAGCAAGCAGUUGCGGCCCGUGGAAAAGUUUUGGAGGACAACCGAGAUUUUCUCGAAUUCCUGCAGAAAGUGGAACAGGUGGAGAUUUGGAUAAGGCAAAAGGAGGUGAUGAUAAAUGUCGGUGAUGUUGGGGAGGAUUAUGAACAUGGUCAGCAGCUGCUAAAGAAGCUCAGUGAAUUCAGAGGCUCAGGCUCUGGAGAUGUGACUGUGGACGAUGCUCACAUCAAGACGAUCAACACGCUAGCUGCCCGGCUGGAGAAACAGAACAGCGAUGAGCUGGUGACCGUGAGAAAGCGUAGACAGCAGCUCAAUGAGAGAUGGAGCGAUUUUCAUGGCAAUCUCACCAGCUAUAAGCGAAAGCUAGAGGCAGCGCUGGAGGUCCACGCUUUGAUCCGAGAGCUAGAAGAAGUCAGGGACAGAGCUGGAGAGAAAAUGCUGUUGCUGCAAGGCAAAGACUGUGGCGUGGAUGUGGACAGUGUGGAGAACCUCAUUCGCAGACAUGAGGAGAUGGAGAGGGAGGCCCGUGUUAUCCAGGAGAGGGGCACUGCCCUGGAGAAAGAAACUAAAGAUCGGUUGAGGAGGCAUUGUGAUCUGUCUGACAAGCUUAGGAAGAAACAGGAAGAGGUUAACAUCGCUUUAGCCAAGCUGGACAAGGAAGUCAAACGAAGGAAAGAACGAUUGCAGGAGUCUCACCAGCUGCAGCUGUUUAAAGCUAACCAGCGCCUCCUGCUGGACUGGACCCUCAAGCAAAAUGAUGAGAUGGUGAAGAAGGGUCUACCAAAGAAUAAGACAGAAGCGGAGAGCUUCAUAGUAGAGCACCAGGACUGGAAGGCUGAGAUCGAUGCUCGUGGUGAGCGUAUAGAUUCGGUUAAGAGUUUCGGACAGAACCUUGUCAAGUCCGGACACGGUGAUUCUGCUGAGAUUAAAGAAGCUCUGCGCAGGUUGGAGGAUGCCAAAUUAAAGCUUGCUGAAACUUGGGUGGACAGAAAGGAAACACUUGAUCAAGCCCUGAAGCUUCAGAUAUUCCUGAACUAUGCGGAGCAGUGUGAGAAGUGGAUGAGUAACGGGGAGGCGUUAAUGCUUGUUGAAGAUCUUGGGGGUUCAUUGUCCGAGGUGGAGGCUUUACAGAGGAAGCAUGCUCUGUUUGAGAGCUCUCUGGAUGCUCGGAUCGAACAAGUUGCAGAGGUUGAGAGAUACGCUCAGGAGCUCAUGCAGACACAUCAUUAUGACGCUGACAACAUCAAGAAGAAGAUUAAAGCCAUUCUGCUCAGGAAGGGCAAGCUACUGGAAAUGAGCAAUGCUAGACGAAAAGCUUUGGAAGAAUCUCUACAGCUGCAGAAAUUCCUAGAGUCGGGCUAUGAGGUUUCUUCGUGGUUAAACGAGAAGAACUCAGUGGCUCUUGAUGAAAGCUGGAGAGAUCCUAUCAACCUGCAGGCAAAGCUACACAAACACCAGAGCUUUGAGGCAGAGAUACUGGCGAAUCGCAAUCGAGUAGAGGUCCUGAUAAAAGAGGGAGAAAAGAUGCUGACCUCCAGUCAUCCUGCUAAAAGCAAGAUUAAACCACGAAUAAAGGAUGUCAGUGACAGCUGGGAGCAGCUUUUAAGCAACUGCAUGAUUAAGAAAUCACGCCUACAACAAGCGUAUCAGGCGUUGCAGUUUCAGCGGUCUUUGGACGACAUCGAGGAGUGGCUUGGUUCAGUAGAGGUAGAGGUGGCCAAUGAAGACUACGGCAGAGAUCUGACCUCAGUCAACAGGCUGCUUAAAACCCUGCAGGGAUUAGAAGAGAUGGUUGAUGCGCACAUGGAGAAGGUUCAGGGGCUGGUGGACACAGCCAAAGACUUCAGCUCGGAAGGCAACUUCCUUGCAGAAAACAUCCAGCAGAGUGUCUGGGAAGUUGUCAACAGGUAUAAUGGCCUGGCUGAGCCACUGCAGGCCCGCAGGGAAACUCUGGAGUCUUGGCAGCUCUUGUUUCAGUUUUACCGGGACUUAGAGGAUGAGCUGGCAUGGAUUCAGGACAAACUGCAAACCACAGCUACAAAAGACUUGGGGACUUCCCUUCAGAGUACACAAACCACAUUCAAAAAACAUCUGGCUGUGAUGGAGGAAAUCGAGAGCCGAACCCCUUUGAUAAUGGCUGUACAGGAUGCCGGGCAGAACCUGGUGCGGGGACGACACUUCGCUUCCCAUGAGAUCAGUGAGAGGGUUGCGGAGUUAAAGAAGAACUUUGACACUUUAAGGAAAGAGUCGGAGAAGAAAUAUCACCUGCUUCAAGAAGCACUGAAAAUCCAAACUUUCCUCUCAGAGGUCUCCCAGCUGGAACAGUGGAUGGAGGAGCAGAGGCCUGCACUGGAAUCCAGAGACUAUGGAAAGAGUGAGGAGGUCACUGAUGCUUUCUUAAGGAAACUGGAUACAGUUGACCUUGAAUUGGAGAACCAGCAUGGAAAAGUGGAGGCGCUCCUGAAAACCGGCGCUGAUUUAGAGAAGUCCAAACAUCCCAACAGCCAUUUAGUAAGUAAGAGCCUUCGGGAUGCUCAUGCUGAGUUUGAGGCACUACUGCAGCUGUCUGCUGAGCGUCGUACUCAGUUGGAGAAUCAGUACAAUCUCUAUGUAUUUGAGAGAGAAGCCAGAGACCUACAGGACUGGCUCCUCUCCCGUAAGACCAUUGCAGAGUCUGAUGAUUUUGGACAAGAUCUAGAGGGGGUCGAGGCAUUGCAGAAGAAGUUUGAGGAUUUUGCAGAAGAGGCCACCACCCUCGGUCAGAGUAAGCUUGGCAACGUCCAGAGACUAACGGAGACGGUGCUUUCAUCCGAGGCCCAGCAAAUGGAGACCGAUCUGUUGAAACUGUGGGAGAACUUAAACCAUGCUAUGAAAACCAGAGCAGAGAAACUGCGUUCUGCUCGAGAGGUCCAUCAGUUCAACCAUGACCUUGAUGAGCUCAGGAGCUGGAUGAAUGAGAAGGAGGUGGCUUUGGACUCUGAGGUGCAGGAGAAUGACCUGCUCAGUGUCCAAGCUCUUAUCCGGCAACAUGAAGGCCUGGAGAGAGACCUUGCGGUAAUAGAAGAGGAUGUGUCUCGUCGAAGCGAGGAAGGUAAAGCGUUGGUCCGCAGGUAUCCACUGGUGAAGGACAGUCUAAAUAAUAGGCUACAGGACAUAAAGGAGGCCUGGAGUAGCUUGCUGGAGACAGCCAAUCAACGCAGACAAAGACUCCAACGGGCAGAGGCUGUCCAGAGAUUUCUGACUGAAUGGAGAGAACUAAUUGGCUGGCUUAAGGAGACAUUGUCUCUAGUGGCAGGGGAGGGACUUGGAGGGGAGGUUAAAGACCUGGAACAGAUCAUCAAAAGGCACGACGAGUACCGCACACAGAUCGACAGGCAACUAGAUAAAUCAGAAAUUGUUAAAAAUGAAGGGAGGUGUCUAAUGGAAGAGGGGAACUUCAUGAGUCAAGAGCUGGAGGAGCGUCUGGUGGAGCUGCAGGAGCUGGAGGAGCGUCUGCUGCAGACGUGGGCUGAACGAAGAGCUCAAUAUCUGGAGGAUCUUGAACUUCAACAGCUACAGAAAGAGCUUGAGCAGGCUGAACACUGGCUUACCACUUAUGAGACUGCACUCAGAGCAGAAGAGUAUGGGGAAUCUGUUUCAGAUGUUCUGGAGUUGAUGAAGAAACAGGAAGAUCUGGAGGCCAUGAUUCAAGCCCAGAGUGAGAGAUUUAAUGCCCUGCAAGCCAGAAAAACUCAGAGAGAACAAAAGAGAAAAGAAAACAAUAAAAGUAAUAACACAAGCAGUAGCGGGACGAAGCCAGUUGGUGUGACUUCCUUGAAGAAAAAAGCUUCUGAACGUCCCGCUUUGCCUCCACGACCCACAUUGACCAAUCCUGCCUUCAGGAGGAACAGCAACAGUAGGAGUGUGGAUAAUUCCUCCAUUUCAUCCAGAGCCACGCUCAGUUCCUCCAUCCUGAGAAAAAACAGCAGUGAUCAAAUCGAUUCUCCUGUGAUGUCACCGGUGACACCAGGCAUCAGCGAUAACGUAACCUCUCCUGACAAAACAUUCACCUCCGUUCAAGACAGCCCCAAUUCAUCUUUUGAAACUACCACUGCUGUUUACAAACCUCAUUAUCCACACAACACCUCCAAAAUUGACUACGCCUCUGCAUCUGAAGAAGAGGUAGAAACUCUAAUAAAGACUGAUCCAGUUGGUCAGCCCGAUGUAAUUCCUAAACCACAGACCUUACCUAUGCAUAAAAGACCCUCAGAGGUGGAGAUUUGGGGUCCUCCCACAUCAGUACCCCCUGAUCCACCAUCUAAAGUCAACAUGGAGAUGUUUUCUAGCAAGAGUCAAAGCUCAGAGGAGAAAAAGUUUCCCCCAUCAACCCCACCAGAAGACCCUCAGUCAUCUCCACAAUCUUCUCUCUCAGAGCCAGAAUUACUUGAAGAGUCUAUUUCUGAAUCAUCAAAAGAGCCAAGCACCAAGAUCAGAAGCAGUCUUGCCAAAAUGGAGGGUACGUUGGAGAUUAAACUGAAACAAGGAGGAAAUAAGGGCUCGGAUCACUGGGAAACGGUCUAUGCAGUACUGGAAGAGGAGACACUCAAUCUGUUUAAAGACCAGGAUGCCGCCAAUGAGAACUGCACUCGUUGGCCACCCAUCACCCUGGUUGGGGCAGUUUGUAAAGACAAUCUAUUUUACAGAAGAAAAGAGCACACCUUCAAACUGAUACUGGCCGAUGGUAGUCACUAUCUGUUCGCAGCCUCAUCUCGAGAGGAACAGCAAAUAUGGUUGAAGGAGCUUCAGGAUUGCACAAAUGAAACCACGUCUUCAGACAGUCCUGGAACUAGCACAGAAACAAGUAACGAAACCAUAGAGUCAUGUGACUCGGGGCCAACGGGUACAUUUGACACUCAAGCCUCAAACACGGAGUCAAACCAGGAAAAGGAAGAGUCAACAGAGAACUGCGAGACAGACAAAGAGCCACCACCAAAACCCCCCCACACUUAUUACAACAAACACCGGUACCCAGAUGGAGGUGAGAGCCGAGACACAGCGAGUGAGAGCCAACAUGUAAAAAGUUUACAGAGGAACCAGGCACCCCCCUUCCCCCCACCCCCUCCACCAGUGUACCAGACUGAAAAUGGAACCAAGGACAGAUCCAAAAACAAGAGUGUAUUCAAGAAAUUUUUCAAAAAAUGAUUAAAAUAAUAGCUUCUUUUAUGGCACUAAUGGAAAUUGACCUCAUAGAAAAUGUUUAUAUUUGAAUUUAAGCAUAUGUGUAAUAGGGUGGUCCUUAUUUUUCAACUUUUAAAAGUUCAUGCCCUCAUCCCACCAAUAUGUUUAAAUAAAUAAAUAAAUAAAAAAUUCAAUAUUAAUUAAUAUUUAGAGUUUGCUUAAGACCUUUGAAGUUUAACACAUUCACGUAUUAAUGUAUGUGAUACUUUGUGCUAGCAUGUAUAAUUGUUUAAUAAUAUAUACUUAUGGCAGCAAUGGACUUAUUUGACCAUGCUCCAUGCAAUUAAAACUCCUGUUUUAGUUGUGAUGUGAUAUGUCUUUUAAUGCAAGAAAGCUUCAAUGUGAAUGAACAAUAUACACUGAGACAAUGGCUGAAGCGACACGAAGCAAGUACGCUAUAUGGUUACUCAGAUCAGAAGAGACUGAAAUAACUGGAACAAUACCCUUUGCAUUUUUAAAUGGUAGAGUUUUUGCAAAAAUUGUGAUUUCGGAAAUAUUCAAAGGCUUUGAGCAACCUCUAGAUAUUGUAGGAACAAUUCAAACUUUUGCACAGUGUGUUUUUAUUGAUAUCCUAAGACAUUUAGGGCGUGAGAGUUGAACAUUUAAAAAAAAAAUUGACCCAUUAUAAGGACUACCCUAAUGCGUAAUUAUUAUACUUAAUUACAAUCUAUAUUUUCUUAAAUUAUAAAAACCUGUUUUGUUAUUUCAAACAGAUUAAUACACUUCAAAAUGUAAUUAAGCUUUUUACGUUUUUAAAGAUAAAAAUGGGAACAACUAUAUUAAUUGUUGAAAUACAAAUGUUAAAUAUGCACAUUUAUUAGAUCUUGUUUAUUUUUUGUAUAUUUAUACACUCUGUGUCAGAUUUUCACGUGAAUGCUGUUAUGAUCAGAUUAUUUAAAUAACUAAUUAAAAUGUUAUCAUUUAAAUCCCAAGCCCUUUGGCAGUAUUGUGUUACUAAUUCUCUUAAUGACUAAAUUAAAUAAUUCCAGUCAACUCAUAUUUGUUUACUCACCACGUGAUGGCGCUGCAGAUUAUAAAAAAUUGGGGAUUGUUACUCAGUCAUUGAGAAAAUGCACCCAUAUGAAAGCAAAACCACUGUGUUGUAUUUAUUUAUUUUCGAUGCGU